GAUGGUCUAUCCUAUGCCCAAUUAUGAGCAUGAAUUAUGAACAGCGAUUGAAGAGGCAAUUACUAAAUCCAAAGCAUAAGAAUGAAUUAUUAGAUGUUGAUGGAUUGGCGUGUGAGGGCAAUGAAUCAGGGAGCACCGGAAUUUUGACAAACUCUGUUAUUUCUCUCACAAGUCUCAGCCACUGGUUUGCUAUAAAUUGAUCACUGUUAUCUCUCUUCCUUUCCCACCACUUUCUAUCAUCAGAGCCUCUUUCUGAUCUUGCUUUUCUCACCCCACGCAUUCAACCGUCGUUAUUGCUUCUUCUCGGGGUAUCAUCGAGAAACAAACUUUGUUAAUCAUUCUCACCUUCCACUUUCUUCUAGCCCUUUUCUUCAAUCUAACUCUACCAACAAUCUUUUUCUUUUUUCCUCACUGUAAAUUCCUAUUUGUUGAGCCAAUCUUCCCCUUUAUUGAUUCCUUAAGUCACAUAGUAUCGUAUGACAUUUUUAUAUUUCGUUUAGUUUAUUUCAAGGAAAGGCUCAUUUUAUUGCCAGCCAUGACCGAGGUCCUCCAUUCCUCAUCCCAUUUCUCUUCCACCUCAACGAGAAGCUCUUCCUCUUCGUCUUCCCUGUCGCGUGCGCCCCUGUCUUCAUUGUCUUGCGCAACCCCUCCCGGCGAUGGCAUUUUCAUUAUUGGUGACCAAGAACCUCCGUCGCCGUCUUCGCUAGCCGUGGAGGGUUGUUCAACGGCGACGGGCUGUGACACGGAGGAGCUGGAGGAGAGGGACAAGCGCCGGACGGAACAGCUUUCUGUUUUGACGCUUGUUGUGGCCCUUUUCAGGAAAUCCUUGCUUGCCUGUAAGAGUGGGAGGAGGGAGCUGUGCGCGAUGGAGAUCGGACGGCCUUCCAAUGUGCGACAUGUUGCACAUGUCACGUUCGAUAGAUUCAAUGGUUUCUUGGGUUUGCCUGUCGAGUUCGAACCUGAAGUGUCCAGAAGGCCUCCUAGUGCCAGUGCAACUGUUUUUGGAGUUUCGACGGAGUCCAUGCAGUUAUCGUAUGACUCAAGAGGGAACAUUGUGCCAACAAUUCUGUUACGAAUGCAGAAGCGUUUAUAUGCUCAAGGAGGGUUGCAGGCAGAAGGGAUUUUCAGAAUCAAUGCAGAAAAUAGUCAAGAGGAAUAUGUUAGGGACCAAUUAAAUAGUGGAGCGAUGCCACAGGGCAUUGAUGUACAUUGUUUGGCAGGGCUCAUCAAGGCUUGGUUUCGGGAGCUGCCCAGAGGCAUUCUGGAUUCUUUAUCCCCCGAACGGGUGAUGCAAUGCCAGAUUGAGGAGGAAUGUGCUGAACUAGUGAGGCAUCUACCUCCUACUGAAGCUGCCCUCUUGGACUGGGCCAUCAAUCUGAUGGCUGAUGUUGUACUACACGAACAUAUCAACAAGAUGAAUGCACGCAAUAUUGCCAUGGUUUUUGCGCCAAACAUGACUCAGAUGGCAGAUCCUUUAACUGCAUUAAUGUACGCAGUCCAAGUGAUGAAUUUCUUAAAGACACUUGUAAUAAGGACCCUCCGAGAAAGAAAGAAUUUGUCGGUAGAUUCUUCUCCUCAAUUUCAUUUUGAGCCUUCCGAUGAGAAUGGACACCAUAGCCCUUUGCAGUCCUGCCAGCAAGAUGCUAAUGAAGAAAGUGAAGAUGCACAGGAAAACUUCAUUUUUAGAACUGUCCAAGAAUGUUCCCCCAACUCUCCUCACCAAAGCAUUAACUUAACUGGAGAAGAAUCUGGCAGUUUGUUAGCCUCUUCUGAGCAUCUAGUUUGUGAUGGAGGUUUACGUUGUAAGUUUUCUCCCAAAGGAAAUGCUGGAAAGAGCAAGACCGACCGACCAAGUUAUCCAAAUACUAGGAGGAAGCCCAAAAAGGCCACGGUCCAACAACCUACGAUUCAUGGAAAGGUGCCUGUUGAGAGGAGGGGGAUUAGGAAUCUGAGUCGGUUGGAUUCAAGAUCGGAGAGGAUAGAAGCCUGGAGGUGAAAGAAGCAGAACUGUGCCGUAUGGCUCUGUAAUUUGAAAGUUGGAUUGGGUUGGAAGUUGCAAAAGGAAAUUUGUUUACUGGUUCACUUAUGUUUUCUUUGUUUCUUGGGAUCGCUGAACUUGUCUGAUUUUAGGAAUAGCUCUGUGAUCACUCUAACCAUGUAGUGAAGUCGCAUCAGUUGUGUGUUUACAUUUGCUCAAAGUUUAUUCCUAAACGACCUUUUCUUCA